CUUGCUUCCCAAGGAUGUAACCCUUAGUGUCUAGUAAGGAGUUUGUAGUAGUAACAUUAUAUUGUUUGAUCAAUUUUACCAGUGCUAUGGAGGUCUACACAUGGAAUGAAAUCAAGAAACACAAUGGUUCAGAUGGCACCUAUUGGGUCGUAAUUCAUGGAUAUGUCCACGAUUUGACCAAGUUUUUAGAUGAGCAUCCGGGUGGUGAAGAAGUGAUAGCUAAUGUUGCUGGUGGAGAUGGUACAGAUUGUUUCGAUGAUAUUGGCCACUCAGAAGAUGCUAAAAAUCUGUGCAAAAGGUUUAGGAUUGGAACAGUUGGUGAGCAUCCUGGUGGUGAAGAAGUACUCUUAGAGCAAGCUGGCCGGGAUGCUACUGAAGCAUUUGAAGAUGUUGGUCAUUCAAGUGAUGCUCGUGAUAUGAUGAAGAAAUAUAAAAUCGGUGAACUUGCUGAAGAAGAUAGAGUAAAUAUUGAUAAGAAAUCCCCAUGGACCACAUCCAAUGACGAUGCACCCAGUACUUCUGGAAAUGGCUGGAUGUCUUGGCUGGCUCCACUUGUUCUUGGUGUUUUGGCUACGCUCGUCUACAGGCAUUUCUUCUUGAAUCAGUAAAUUGACAAAUGAGAACUACCUCAAAUAGUGAAUUAACUACUCAACACAUUUUAUCUCCUUCAUGUGUUAUUCUCUUGUCCUCCUCUACUCUGUCAUUUAAAGAAGAACAUAUUUAUAAAUGUAUUCAUAUAUUAUGUAAUAUAAUAUUUUAAAAGACUCAUCAGGAGAUAAGAGUUGCAUGGUAUUCAAUGUCCAUAUAACUGUAAUUUAUUAUGAAUUGUAUGGUGCAGUACUUUUUUUUAAAAUCAAGAGUCAUUCCAUUGUCUUGAAGUUCAAUAUUUUUUUUUUUAUUAUUUUUAUAAAAGUUAGGCUAGAGAAAUUUUGUUGUCUUGAAGUAAAGACAUUAAUCUGUUGAGGUUGUAAAAUUUUUUUUAUCCUGUUUUCUUUUUAAAUUUUUAGUUUGGUGUUUUUGUAAGUUGAGAUAUUUACAUUAAAGGGGCCACUGUUGAAAACAAUUGUUACAAACUAAACCCAUACUAUUGUUACUUGUAGUUAGCCAUGUGCAUUAUUUAUAGCAUGUUAAAAGGUAAUAAAGUUGUUUCCUACAAUU